AUAAGAAACUCAUCCAGUUGACUUUCAGACUUGCUCUUGUAAAGUUCUCGUUUACGUUUUCUGUUAAUUAUUUUGCGAAUUGUAAAUAGUACACUAUAUGUGCAUACUUCUUGUCCCAUAAUGUCGAGAAAUGAAGACACUCCAAUUGUGACGAGAAGCAACAAUUACGGGACGACACCAACGCUGCCAGCUGUGGAACGAGCCCGCAAUGGCAACAACAACAAUGCACCGCAUACAACAAAUACACAGAUUUUCUGUUUGCAUGGACGCUCGAACAACAUUGAAGUUGAAGUUCGGGACCAUUGUCAUCGAAGCCGUAGCGAGGUGGACUUAAAGGCGCGUCGUAAGCUGAUCAUUGCCAGUAUCCUGUGUUUGGUUUUCAUGAUUGCUGAAAUUGUGGGUGGCGUCUGGUCGAAGAGCUUGGCCAUUGCAACAGAUGCCGCACACUUGCUCACCGAUUUCGCCAGUUUUAUGAUCUCACUAUUUUCAAUCUGGAUAGCAGGACGUCCAUCCACGCAACGGAUGUCCUUUGGCUGGUACCGAGCCGAGGUGAUUGGUGCCAUGGCCUCCGUGUUUAUGAUCUGGGUCAUCACUGGCAUUCUAGUCUGGCUAGCAAUUGGACGUCUCAUCAGCGGUGAUUAUGAAGUGAACGCCAAGAUCAUGCUGAUCACAUCGGGCCUCGCAAUUUUGGUUAAUGUCAUCAUGGGCGUGCAGCUGCAACAUGGACACUCCCACGGCCUGGGCGGCGGUAGCGGUGGGCAUGGUCACAGCCAUGAUGGCGCAAAGAACAAAUCCAAAUCCAAGAAGCAAAAGCAGAGUGCAGCUCAUGUGACAGCAACCUCAACGCCAUGUGCCGCCUCGCCAACGAAGCGCAUUGAAGGCGGCGUCACCUUUGAUCCAGAGGAUGCGGAAUUGCCCGGCGCUGGACUGCCGUCGUAUUCGUAUCAGAAUGCCAAGCUGGUAGAUCCCAGCCUGGAUCUGGAAAUAGCCGCUGUCCUGGCGGAAACAGCUCCAGGCUCCCAUCAUCAUGGCGGUCAGACAGGUCGCGAGGCAGUUAACAUGAAUGUGAGGGCAGCUUUGAUCCAUGUUAUUGGCGAUGUCAUCCAGAGCGUGGGAGUCUUUGUGGCCGCCUGUGUGAUCUACUUUUGGCCUGAGUAUGCCAUUGUGGAUCCCAUUUGCACCUUUGUUUUUUCCAUUAUUGUUUUGUUUACCACAUUUACAAUUAUGAAGGAUGCGCUACUGGUACUGAUGGAGGGUACUCCGAACUAUAUGCAUUAUGCGGAAGUGUUGCAGAUAUUCCAACGCAUCGAAGGCGUCGAGCGUGUUCACAAUUUGCGCAUCUGGGCGCUGAGCAUUAAUAAAGUGGCGCUAUCUGCGCAUUUGGCCAUUGCGGCCAAUGCGAAUCCAAAGCAGAUAUUAGACACAGCUACUUCGGCAGUUCAUUUGCGAUACAAUUUCUUUGAGACGACCAUACAAAUUGAGGACUAUACAACCGACAUGGAGAACUGCAUCCAGUGCACAGUGCCGGACAAGUAAAGUGUGAAAUUGAUGUUCAAUCAUGGACCAAUUAUAAGUACUUCAUAAUUCCAAAUAACAUAAACCUAUCCUACAUGUAUUCGCAUACAAAAUGUAUCUGUAUCUAUGAGAUAAGCUCCAACCCAAUGUAAUGUUCAAACAAGUGCUGCGUCGGCCUAUCACUCUGUUUUUGGGCCAGACAAGAUAACAAUCCUGAAUAUAAUGCGCCACGUUUCCCAUCACGUCACAUAAUGUUAAUAUGUUGGCAUAAUUUGAAACACAGUGGUUCACGAAAUUUUUCCACAAAUACACAAAUCUUCUU